AUGAACGAGAUUGCCUAUCCCCAGACCCAAUUCCAAAGAUACUCAUCUCGCCAAAUUAACAAGGUUACUUACUACUGUCAAUCUCUGAAUGCUCCUGAGAAGGAUGUUUCCGAAAAGAAAAACCAAAUAUAUUAAUGGUUGAGAAAUUUGCCAACGCCACAAUUGGAGCAAGUAUUAUCCUUCACCUCUUAUUACAGAGUUCAUUCCUUUCUAAAGAUGUUUAAACAGGAUUAAAAUUUGCUUCAUGAAUAUUUCGAAUUAGCUUAAUCCCCAUAUGAGGUUAAUGUAAAAAUCAAAUUACAUCAAUACUAUUAUGUGAGAGAGUGCAAUAGAAUAGAUAUGAAUGCGCAAUGGAGAUCUGCCUAAUAAGUAUUAUUUGCACUUAAACUAUAGUAUAUUCUUGAUCACACCUACAUCUCAGAUUAUGAAUGGCUUUUAGACACUAUUACAAUUAAAGGCAAUAUUGAGGAGAUUAUUUAAUCGUUUGAAAUACUAUCCAAAUCAUAAAUAUUCACAAAAAAUUGGAGAAUCGAGACCAAUGAGGACGAGGAAUACUCAGAAAUUAAUUUUGAUUCAUAAUAAAAUCAAAAAAUGUUCUGGACCCUAUCAGAACACAUCGUAAACGAAAUUGAAAAGGCCAUCUUAAUUAAAUUCUAAUAAUUUGAACAGAAAUGCACUUAUACUAAAUAGGAUUAAUUAUUUAACUUUCAUUAAAUUGAGUUAAAUUUCAAUAAUAUCAAUUAUGAGGCUGAAACUCAAGAAUUUUACAAGGUUUUGGAACUCUCUCAAGGGGAAAUGUAGUUUAUAGAUGAAAAAGUGCUUUUAUAAAGUUGGCUUUAGCAUAUUAAAUGUGAAAGUUUAAGUUUGAAGAAUGUUGAUAAUGAAAUCCAACAUUUCCUUUAAGAGAAGGAUCUAAUCUUUUAAUCUCCUCUUAAGUACACAAUUACGGAAUCCUUAUUGUUUUGCAAAUAUCUAAUUUGUAAAUAAUUAAGAAAUUAAUUUCCAUUAAAAAAACCAGUUGAGGAGAAUCUAAAAGAGAAAAAAAAACCAAAAUAAAAGCUUUCUGAUUUGAAACUAUUCCAAAAUCCAGUUCCUGUUCCAGUUGAAGAUUAAUCAUUAAAAUCAGUCGUUUCCUAUUUUUCAAAUUCUGGAAAAUCAAAAAUAUUACCAGAAACUGAAUAAAGACUAUUUAGUACCCAUUUAGAAGAAAAAGAGUAGUAAAUAUAUGAACAUUCGACAGGUUUUAUGAAAAAAUUGAUUGAAACUGUUUUGAUUGAACUUGAGAAUUUUAAAUAAUAUAAAAAGAAACUCAAAAAAGUCAAAAAUACUAAAAAAUAGUAAGUAAUUGAAGUUGUGCAACCAGAACCUGCAGUAUAAUAAGAAUCUUAGAAUAUUAUAAAAGAUGAUGAAUGGAAUGACAAACCUAAGUCUAAAAAAUAGAGAAAAAAGCAGCUUGAAAAACAAAGAAAAAAAGACAAUUUAGAGAGGAAGAAGCUUAAAUAAAUGAACCAAUCUCAAUAGCUUAGUGUAUAAGAAGAUGAAAAAUUAGAGAAAUCAUCUAAAUCUUCGAUCAAGGAUGAUAAUGAGGAUAUCGAGAAUCAAAAUGAGAAUGAUUCUUAACAAAAUAAUAAUGAAGAACUUAUAUUUGAAUAAUAGUAAAAGAAUGAUAUCAUCGAAAAAGUUACUCAAGAAAUUCCUAUUAUCAUUAACUCUGUACCUGAUGAUGAAAGUGAUUACAUCGAAGUAUAGAAUAAAAAGCAAUAGAAAAAAUAAAGUAAGUCAAAAUCAUCCAGGCACAAGAAACAAUCAAAUAAGAAAGACAAAGAAUUUUAAGACAAUUAAUCAUUACCAGAUGAGUAGUAGUACAUUCCAUUGCUAAAGAAAUCUACCUCAUAAUCAGUUCAAAAGAAUAAUCGUCACCAAUAUGAUGAGCUUAAAUUAGAAAGGAUGCCAUCUCAAUAGCAAAACAGAAUUACACUUUAAAAAAAGGAGAGUGGAAUGAAUAAAAUACAAAGAUCAGGUUUAGUUAAGUCGAAAGCUCAACAGAAAGAAUAGAAACUGUAUACAUAUGAUUUAGAUCAAGCCCAAUUAUAAAAGAUCUAUAAAACAAUAUUGGAAUAAAAGAUUACGAAUGAUGUCAAAUAAAUAUAUCAGAAAGAAAUUGAUUAAUUUAAUAGGUAUAAAGCAGCGAGAGACAUUUCAAUACAAAGGGUCUAACAUGUUAUUAAAUCAUAUUUUAAGAAUUGUGACACUUAAAUCUUUGGAUCCUCUACUACUGGCUUAGCUCUAAAAGAUAGUGAUGUUGAUAUGGUUGUUUAUGGUCUACAAGUAUUCACAAAAUAACAGUUGUUUGAACCUAUGAGAAGAUUGAUUGAGAUUUUCACUGAAUUAAAAUGGGCUGUGUAAUGCAAACAUAUAUUUCAAGCUUCAGUGCCACUCAUUAAAGUCUUAGUAGAUCCUUCCAUAGACUUUCUUUCAUUUAAAGGAGAACCAAAAUACAUUAUCAUGUAAUGCAGGAACCUCGAUCUCAAUUUAAAAUAUGGAGAUCCAAGUUAACAUAUCUUCAUUGAUAUAACAUUUGAAUUGGCUCCUUCGUAUGCAAUAUAUAAUCCAUAUAUCUAAGCAUUCAAUAUUGGAUUUCAAUCAACACAAUUCACAAUUGAUAUAUGUGGAAAAAUCCAAGGAUUUUCAGAGGUUGCAAUAUAUCUAAAGAAACUGCUUAAGAUAAAGGAUCUGAAUGAUUCAUAUACGGGUGGUAUUAGUUCAUUUUGUUUAACAAUAAUGCUGGCAGCCAUUGGAUAAGAUCACAGUAUAGGUUAAAAACUGAUAAAUUUCUUACAUAAAUAUGGAUGUAAUUUUGAUCCAAACAAAUGGGCUAUCUAUUUGGAUGAAAAAGAAUAAAAUAAUUUUUACAACAUUGAAGAUGAAUAGUCAAAUCAACCACUUACUAUUAUUUCACCAAUCAAUUUACAAAAGAUUCAAAUCAAUGUUACUAAGAUACAAACUAUAUUGUAAUUAUUUCAGCAAUUGUAUGUUGAAAUAAUGCAGAAUAUUGAUUAGAUAGAAUCUUGUUUGCAGAAAAGGAUCAAUCAGAAAGAACUAUUAGAGAAUUACAAUAGUCACUAAAUAUCAAAAUUAGUUGACCUUGUCUCUUGGCAAUGUUCUAAUCUACUUGAAAGCCACAUUUAAUGA